AUGCUGCUGAUCGUAUUUCUUUCACUUCUGAUGCUCAGACUGAGUCGUAAGUACACAAAAUGCUUUCUAAGUCCUUUAUAUUUAUAUGUUGUCUUUUCAUACUCAGUAUUUUUAAGCACAGAGCCCAAAUGAUCCUUUUUUUUAUACUGACAUUAUUUCUUAAUUUUCUUCAGGUUGUACAGGUGAUGAGCGCUAUGAGACAAAGACAGUCAGAGUUGGAGAUGAUGUGACUUUGACGUGUCCUCGCAAGACCUCUCGGUCUACAGCACAAUUAUUCUGGUUCAGGCUAGUUUCUGGAGAUUUACCUGAAUUUUUUAGAGGAAUGUAUGACUUUGACUAUGAAGUUGUUAACAAAACCCCUCACUUCACCACAAAACAAGAACCUGGAACAUUUGUCCUGAUUAUCAACAAAACACAGCUCAGAGAUACUGGACUUUACUUUUGUAUAAGACAAGAACAAUUUAACAUUACUAUUUUGAAGGGAAUAUUUCUGAGGAUUAAAGGUAAAUGAAAUAUACUUAGAACUUUUUCAUGGCCUGUUAAAAAUGUAAUCACACUGCCAUCAGCAGUUUCAUUGUUCCUCAUGAAUAUAGAAAUGAGAGAAGAAGUUGUUUCAUGAAUCUAGAAAAAUGUCCAUUAAAAAAACUUUCUCUUUUUGUCUAAAAAAAAAUAAAAAUAAGGACCAGGACCUGAUAUCACUGCAAUCGCUCAAGACAUUUCACCUGAUCCAGAAGACUCAGAGACUCUGCAGUGUUCAGUCCUCCGUGACAAGAGCAGCAAAACCUGUCCAGAUAAACCCAGAGUGUUCUGGUUCAGAUCUGGAUCAGAUGAGUCCCGUCCCAGUGUCAUUUACACUCAUGGAAACAAAAGUGAUGGAUGUGAGGAGAGUCCAGAGACUCCCUCUCUGCAGAGAUGUGUCUACAGCUUUUCUGAGACCGUGAGCUCCUCUGAUGAUGGGACUGUCUACUGUGCUGUGGUCGCAUGUGGAGAGAUACUGUGUGGAAAUGGAACAAAACUCACCUCUGAAGGUAAGUACAGAACAUUUCAUAUGAACUAUUAGCAUUUAUUUCCUAUCCGAUCUGAUCCAUGUUUGGAAAGGUUUUCUUAUUAAUCUAUUUUAAAGGAAUAGUUUUAAACAAAAAUGUUGUCAUUUGAUAUGUUGUGCAAACAUUUAUCCAGAAUUUGAAAAGUUUUUCCACAAAAGUGAUUGUUGUAAAUUUUUCAAAAUCAACUGUAAUUUUUUACUGAAAUAAUUAUGAACUUUAAGUAUUUGCUUUAUUUCAGGAAACAACAUGCAGCAUUCGAAGACCAACAUAGCUCUCUAUCUGCUUUCAGCUGCUUUGGUUCUUUGUCUGAUUGUUAUAGUUUUUCUGGUUUAUAAAGUCAGGACAAUUUCUUGCAACGGUAAUGGAAAUUUUCUAUCCUCAACAAAGAGUUAAUAUUACAGCUCUGUGUGAAUUGAUAGACUUUUAUUUGAUUUGGUUUUAACACAGCGGCUGUUGAUCCGUGUGGAAAUGCUGCGACCUCCAGCACAGAUCAGCAAAGUCUGCAGGUGAGAGAUUGACAGAAAUGUUAAAAUACUGAAAGUCUUUGUUUCCGUCAAUUUUUGUAUCAGCCUUAUCAUUACAUUUCCUGGUGUAUAUCCUCAGAGAGAUGAAAGCUCACUGGUUUAUGCCGCACCAGCGUUUUCUAAGAAGAGGAAAACUGACAAAGGACCGAGAAGAAAUGUAAAACCAGCAGAGGACCAGAUUAUCUACAGCGGCGUCAGAACUGCUGCGACAGACUGA